AGAGUCUGCUAUAUAUAAGGCAGUGGUUUGAUCGGUAGUUUGGUAAAUAAUUAUUUUUCCAAUUGUUAUUUUGUUCUUAAUUAUUAUUAGCAACAUUUUUUAUUUUAGCCAGCAAUGGCUAAACGCAGAAUUGAAGUUAUUGAUCCCUACAUUACGAAGAAAAGAAGUGCUCCAGGAUCAGAAGAUGUGAGCAGAGUGCCGACUGCAUUCCUAGGUGCUGGUGUGGCGGGUGCGGGAACGGGCUACGCCAAUGCCCCGUCCGCUGCCAACCAAGCCGCCUCCUACUUUCAACAGUCGGUCGCCAGUAAAUCAAAAAAUCCUUUGACAAAUCCCUUCUCUGGACUACCUUACACUAAACGAUAUCACGAGUUCUAUCAAAAGCGUAUAACUUUGCCUGUGUUUGAAUAUAAAGAUGAGUUCAUGAGAUUGCUGAGAGAGAACCAAUGUAUAGUUCUCGUUGGUGAAACAGGUUCUGGAAAAACAACUCAGAUCCCACAAUGGUGUGUGGAGUACUCGCAGACGGCUGGCUCGAAAGGAGUGGCAUGCACACAGCCUCGACGAGUAGCAGCCAUGUCGGUGGCUCAGCGUGUCUCCGAGGAGAUGGACGUCACUCUCGGUCAGGAGGUCGGAUACAGCAUUCGAUUCGAAGACUGCUCGUCGGCUAAAACUGUUUUAAAAUACAUGACUGAUGGUAUGUUGCUGAGGGAAGGCAUGUCCGACCCGAUGCUCGAGAACUACCAGGUGAUUCUUCUGGACGAGGCUCACGAGAGAACUCUGGCCACAGACAUCCUGAUGGGAGUGCUCAAAGAGGUCAUCAAGCAGAGAGCCGACCUCAAACUAGUUAUUAUGUCUGCCACACUCGAUGCCGGAAAGUUCCAGCAAUACUUUGACAAUGCUCCACUGAUGAACGUGCCUGGCCGGACGCAUCCUGUCGAAAUCUUUUACACUCAAGAACCAGAGCGAGAUUACUUGGAAGCUGCCAUUAGAACUGUAAUGCAGAUUCACAUGUGCGAAGAAAUCGUAGGAGAUGUUCUUCUCUUCUUGACUGGUCAGGAGGAAAUCGAGGAGGCGUGCAAGCGCAUCAAGCGCGAAAUCGACAACCUGGGUCCGGACGUGGGCGAGCUGAAGUGCAUCCCGCUCUACUCGACGCUGCCCCCCAACCUGCAGCAGCGCAUAUUCGAGCCGGCGCCGCCCAACAAGCCCAACGGCGCCAUCGGCCGCAAGGUGGUCGUCUCCACCAACAUCGCCGAGACGUCGCUCACCAUCGACGGCGUCGUCUUUGUCAUCGAUCCCGGCUUCGCCAAACAGAAGGUGUACAAUCCCCGUAUUCGUGUAGAAUCGCUACUAGUUUCUCCUAUUAGUAAAGCAUCGGCCCAGCAGAGAGCAGGACGCGCCGGCCGUACGAGACCUGGAAAGUGCUUCAGGUUAUACACAGAAAAAGCGUACAAAAAUGAAAUGCAAGAAAACACUUACCCAGAAAUCCUGCGAUCAAAUUUGGGAUCGGUUGUUCUUCAAUUGAAAAAGCUCGGAAUUGAUGAUUUGGUGCACUUUGAUUUCAUGGACCCUCCAGCACCAGAGACGCUGAUGCGCGCCCUGGAGCUGCUGAACUACCUGGCGGCCCUGGACGACGACGGCAACCUCACCGACCUCGGCGCGGUGAUGGCAGAGUUUCCCCUCGACCCCCAGCUCGCCAAGCUGCUCAUUGCCAGCUGCUCGCUCAACUGCUCCAACGAGAUACUAUCCAUCACUGCCAUGCUGUCGGUCCCGCAGUGCUUUGUGCGACCGAACGAGGCCAAGAAGCCGGCUGACGACGCCAAGCUGCGAUUCGCACACAUCGAUGGCGAUCAUCUCACACUGCUCAACGUCUAUCACGCAUUCAAGCAGAAUUCAGAUGACGUGCAGUGGUGUUACGACAACUUCGUGAACUACAGAUCGCUCAAGUCGGGUGACAAUGUGAGACAACAGCUGUCAAGAAUCAUGGACCGAUUCAACCUGAAGCGAACUUCCACUGAGUUCUCAUCGAAAGAUUACUACAUUAACAUUCGAAAGGCCUUAGUAACCGGAUUUUUCAUGCAGGUUGCUCACUUGGAAAGGACGGGACAUUACUUGACAAUAAAGGACAACCAGGUUGUCCAGCUGCAUCCAUCCACCUGCCUCGACCACCGACCUGAAUGGGUUGUCUACAACGAGUUCGUGCUCACCACAAAGAACUACAUCCGAACUGUCACCGAAAUUAAACCUGAAUGGUUAUUGAGCCUGGCGCCACAAUACUACGAUCUUCCAAACUUCCCUCAGUGCGAAGCGAAACGUCAGCUUGAGCUGCUACAAGCAAAAAUGGAAACAAGGCAGUAUCAAGAAGGAUUCUAAUUUCAUGCAAAAAGAAUUGCAAGCUUUGAAGGAUUAAGAUUAUUACGAAUGAUUAAUCUUUUAUCUGUACCACAUUAGGGUUUGAUCGUCAUCAGUUAGAUGAUACAUUUUCUUUUAGUUUCGGUUUCAAUUAAUCAUUCUGAACGCCUUUGUAAUCGAUUUAUUUAUAUUCAAAACUAAUAAAUUUUCGGGAUUGCAAAUUCAAAAUGCCCUCCUGAAAUCAGUAGAUGAAAGAAUCUGUUCAGAUAUGAGUUUCAAAUAUAAUAGAUAGCCUUGUAGAAUGGAUCCAGUCUCUAGCCUCUUUUCUUCUCAAUUGAAUUUCAUCCAUGAUAUAAAAUAAUAGCCACUUUCCAAAAUCGCUCAUAUAACUUUAUAUGAGUAAAUAAGUUCUGAAUUUGAUAUUCUUCAAGAUUAAACAUUGGAAAUGUUAUAUUUUUCAAGCUAAUUAUUUAGAAACUAGUAAUUAUAAUAAUUAUUAUGGAACGCUGUCCCAAGAAUUGAAUUGUAAAGGAUCAUUGCUAUUAUUUAUAGAUUUAAUUAGUUGUAAUAGAUUUAUUUAAUCCUUGUCUCUUUGCACUUUCCAACAUUCCUCUGGUUUUGAUUGUGCACUCAUAUGCAAGGUGAAUUUUACAAUUUUAGAAUUUUGUUAAACUAUUGUUUUAUUUCUUGUAAAUAAUUAAAAUUGAAACAGUGCAUUUCUGGCUACUUCAA